GGAAUAAAUUGCUUGAGAAUGGAAUGUGAAGAAGAUGCCUAUUCAAACGCCGCAUCUCCAAUUCCGGCUCCUUUUACUGCAGAACUUGAAGACCAUUACGAUGGACCACCGUUAUCACCAAAAUCCGAAAAAUAUCGUUUGAAAACGAUUUGCUUGCAGCAGAAAUUCGAUUAUAUUCAUUUGAGUAACAACCGAUUAAGAAAUCGUCUCUAUCACAUUAAAAAAGAGAUCAACCACUUGAAACGUUUAAAGAGAAUUCUUUGUCAACGAUUGCUGAUGUUUGGUGAUCGCUUUAUGGAUUCUUGCUUGGAAAUCCCUGACAGUGAACCGACUCAGUCUGGUAUGGAUAAGGUUAUUGGUGAUGUGGCUGCAAAAGUCGCCGCGACAAAGAAGCGUAAAUUUGAGACAAAACGAAUGAAUGAUGAUGAAUUUAUAUCAAUGGAACAGAAGGCAAGAAAUAGCAUCAUAUCAAUAAUCGAUUCUGUUAUAACUGAGUCACAUGAAGAACGAAUGCGCGCCCACAAUAUUCAUAACAAUAAUACUAACAGAAAUAAAGACAUUAACGCAAAUCAACAACUGCUCAAUUCUGCAUCAAAAACUCCGCGUAACAACAGCAGUAUAAGCAGUUAUUUAUUUAUUGUUCUUUUGUAUGCUACUGCAUUGUUGUCAUUAAUAUGGUUCUUAUCAAGCACUUGUUUCCUUUUUCAGUCUGAUGCUGAUGGUCGCUCAAUAACAGAGCGUAUGUUGCGACCAUCUUCAAUCGAUCAUUUGUUGCCGUCCGAGCCUGACCCAGAUCCUCAGGAAGAUCCAGAAGAUGUUUUGACAGGAUUUGGAGAAAAUUUAGAAGAAAAUUUCAUGGCGAUCGAUUGA